AUGGAAUGGGGCAAGGUCAAGAUGCCCUUUGCACCAUGCCGCUUCCUACACCCAGGUGAUGAGAGCUCCGGAUCGAACUCUCCACAGUUGGCUGAUGCAGAGGAGGAUUCUUCCGAGCAUGCGGAGGUUGCUGCCCCACCGUCCCUUACUGAAGCUGUUAUACAAGUGGAGGCAGAGACGAAGGUGCCUGCGCCGCCGCCGCUCCACCACGUGACGCAGCUUGUUUCCGCCGCCGCUCCACCACGCCUUGCUCGCGAUUCACGGUUCAGCUUCUUCUUCCUGAUGACUUCUAAUGGACCCGAAUCAGUUGAACCUGAAGAAGUACCACCACCACAGGUACAGAAACCUGGUAGGCAGAAAUCAGAUGUGGCUUGGGCGCAUUGUUACGUAGCUACUGAGGAUGGAAAAUCUGUUUUGAUUUGCUUGUACUGUAAUAAAAAUAUCAAAGGUGGUGGAAUUAAUAGGAUGAAGGCACAUUUGGCGCGAGAGUCAGGGCAAAUAACAGGAUGCCCCAACGUGCCUGAUGAAGUUCGAGUGAAAAUGAAAGAAAGCAUUGAUGAAUGCCAAGGCAAGAAAAGAAAAGCUGAACAAGAGUAUAAGGAAAGUAAUUCAAUUGAUGAGCACUCUAUGACACCCGAUGAAGAGGUUACAAUGCCACGACCACCACCUUCUAAAUCUCAAAAGGGGAAGGACACUGGUCGCAUAUCUGCUUUUUUUGUGCCUAGAACAACUCCAGGAGCUCAACCUACAUUGAAGAGUGUGUUGCAAAGUAAAGAAAUUGUGGAGAAGUGUGACCUUGCCAUUUCAAGAUGGAUGAUUGAUGCUUCUGUGCCAUUCAAUGCAGUUAAUUCUGCAUACUUUCAACCUAUGAUUGAUGCUGUUUGUGCCAUGGGUUCAGGGUAUAAAGCUCCAAACUUUCAUAGAGUUCGUGGUUUCUUGUUGAAUAAAUGGGUUGAUGACACAAAGAAACUUGUUGAGAGUUAUCGUGAAGUGUGGAAGCGAACUGGUUGCACUCUUAUGGCAGACGGGUGGACUGAUCGGUGUAGGAGGUCCCUCAUUAAUUUCUUGGUAUAUUGUCCUAAAGGCACUGUUUUUCUCAAAUCAGUUGAUGCUUCUCAGUAUGCAAAAACAGCUGAAAUGCUUUUUAAGCUCUUUAAGGAAGUUAUUUUAUAUAUUGGCCCUGAAAAUGUUGUUCAAGUUGUGACAGAUAAUGCUGCAAACUAUGUUGCUGCUGGCAGGUUAUUAGAGGCUGAGUUUCCCAAGUUAUAUUGGUCUCCUUGUGCUGCACACUGUGUUAAUUUGAUGUUCCAAGACAUUGGGAAGCUAGAGGAAGUAGCAGAGACUGUGUCACAAGCUUCUAAUAUUACCAAGUACAUCUAUAAUCACUGCUUUGCAUUGAGCUUGAUGAGAAAGCAUACAAAUAAUAGGGAAAUUCUUCGUCCAGCCCCAACUCGCUUUGCUACUAAUUUUAUUGCAUUACAGAGUAUUUUGGCUCAAAUGGAAGCUUUAAGAGCCAUGGUGGUAGAUAAGGCAUGGACAACCUCAACCUAUGCUAGAGAUACCAAGGCAAAGAAAUUUGUGGAGCAAGUCUUAGAUUCUGGGUUUUGGAAGAAAUGUGCUGAUAUUGUGAAACUAACUGAGCCACUUGUUAAAUUGUUGCGUCUUGUUGACAGUGAAGAUAAACCUGCUAUGGGUUUUCUUUACCAAGCUUUUUACAAAACUAGAGAGGAGAUGGUGAAGAGGUUCCAAAGAAAUAAGAAGAAAGUGGAGCCUUACUUGAAAAUCAUAGAUAGUCGUUGGGAUUCUCAGCUUCGUAAGAAUCUUCAUGCUGCAGGUUAUUGGUUAAAUCCAGGUUGUCGGUUUAAUCGUGAUGAAUUUGAGAAGCAUGAGUCCACAAUAUCUGGCCUUUUAGAUGUCAUUGAUAGGUAUUCUUCUGGAGAUAUUGAGUUGAAUGAUAGGUUGACAAGUGAGAAGAGAUUAUUCAAAGAUGCUGAGUUAGAUUUUGGAAGAAAAAGUGCUAUCCGUGAAAGGAGUAAAGUUAUGCCAGAUUCUAGACUUAUAUUUCAACAUAUGAUUUCAUAUACUUCAUUACAUGUGAUAUUUUAG